CAUACUGGCCAGUAUUGAUAAGCAUUGAGUGGUAUUGAGGGGUGUCGAUGAGGCUCCAGGAGCAGCGGCUGGCGCCGUGGUGCUGUGGGCAGUAUUGAUGAGUACUGGCUGGUGUUGAGAGUUUGACUGGGCGUGGGUGGCGUGGUGCUCUGCCCCCUGGCCAGGCUGGUUCGUGGGUGAAGUGUGACAUUCAGGUGGUUUUCUCCUGUCCUUUUAGUUUCUGUUUUUAUGCAGGAUCCGGGUGCCACGGGGGGAUCUGGCCUUCAGGGCAGGAGGCUGCAGCGCAGGUCAUGGGGGGCCCAGACGCAGGCAGUGGGAUCCCACUCCACAGUGUUGCUCUUGGGCCCUCCAUCGGGAGCCCCAUACAGCACCUGCCAUGAGGAGUGGUGUUGGGGACCCUGGAUGGGACCUGUGUGUGUGGGGCUACACCUCAGCCCCUGUGAUGGUGUCUGUGGAAGCUGGAGGCGGUCAGCCUGUAUGCUUGAACCCUGCAGAGGGAAUUGAGGGGCGGAGAUUUGUCUGCGAGGCCUCUGGCAGGGGUUGGCCUUACGGCGCACCACCAGGGUCUUAGGCUUGGCUGAGUGGCCCCUCCUGGCCUGGCAGGCAGUCGUCUCUGCCCAUGCCUGCCACGCUGCUGGGCUGGUGGUGGCUGGCUCCUGUCCUGGUUAGCCUGAUGUCAGCUGCACGUUGAGGUCAGCGCCUGUGCUGUGUCUUCCUGCCAGAGCAGGGAUCAGGUGUGGGUGGCUCAGUGACACCCUCCCGAGGGCUGGGCGAUCGUGUGCACUCCCAGCACCCUCUACCUUGCAGGGCUGCGUUCCUGGAAGGCUUGGACCCCUCAGGUGCCCCCUGCCCCUGUGCAUUCAGCCAUCAGGGUUCAUGCCCUCAGCUUCCCGCCAGGCCCUGGUCGUAGCCGUCAGGAAGAGCUGAGCCGUGCUUUUGGGAGAAUCGAGGGAAUGUCGCUGGGAUGCACCAAGGGUCGGAGGUGGAGCUGGCGUGGCCCAGGGCAGGCAGUACCAGGCCGGAUGCUGGAAAGCCAGUAGCUCCUCUCCCGGUGGCUCCUGGGAAGUUCCACGUCCUUGCCUGGUCACAGAGGCCCGGGAAUCGGUGACAUGAGAUAGAAGCUUCCAGAACAGGAGGCAGAGCCCUUCCACAGUUUCCCUGCCCACAGCACACACCCUGUGCCCUCCGCCCCCUGGUUUUUGGACACUGGGGACAUCUGGGUGCGGCUAGAGCCUGUGGGGGUGGCCGCAGCCCUGGGGGGCUGUUCCCAAGAGUCAGCCUAGGGGCCAUUGGGGCCUGGCCUCGGGCCUGGCACUGCGACCUCGGGGUGAGCGCCCCUCGUGUGUGUGGCAGGAGCCGGGGCCCCUGGCUGGCAGCAGGCUCCCGAGUCCAGUAAGACUUUGACCCCGACGCAGGCUUCAGUGAUUGCCGUGGAUCAGAAGCCUGAGCGCUUUGGCUCGAGACAAUUAAGGACGUGGGAUGAGGCUCCGAGACAGGACGCGGUUCUGCCUGGGGAUCCUGAAGAUAAAAAGCUUUGAAAAGUCGAAUUCAUGGUCGUGGAAGCUGAGGCCAUAUUAAGAGAUGUCAGGCGUCCGACCUCCAAUCAUGAACGGGCCCCUGCACCCGCGGCCCCUGGUGGCGCUGCUGGACGGCCGGGACUGCACAGUGGAGAUGCCCAUCCUGAAGGACGUGGCCACUGUGGCCUUCUGCGACGCGCAGUCCACGCAGGAGAUCCACGAGAAGGUCCUGAACGAGGCCGUGGGGGCCCUGAUGUACCACACUAUCACACUCACCAGGGAGGACCUGGAGAAGUUCAAAGCCCUCCGCAUCAUCGUCCGGAUCGGCAGUGGUUUUGACAACAUUGACAUCAAGUCGGCCGGGGAUUUAGGCAUCGCCGUCUGCAACGUGCCUGCGGCGUCUGUGGAGGAGACGGCCGACUCGACGCUGUGCCACAUCCUGAACCUGUACCGGCGGGCCACCUGGCUGCACCAGGCAUUGCGGGAGGGCACGCGAGUCCAGAGCGUCGAGCAGAUCCGCGAGGUGGCGUCCGGCGCCGCCAGGAUCCGUGGGGAGACCUUGGGCAUCAUCGGACUCGGUCGCGUGGGGCAGGCGGUGGCGCUGCGGGCCAAGGCCUUCGGCUUCAACGUGCUCUUCUACGACCCUUACCUGUCGGACGGCGUGGAGCGGGCGCUGGGGCUGCAGCGGGUCAGCACCCUGCAGGACCUGCUUUUCCACAGCGACUGCGUGAGCCUGCACUGCGGCCUCAACGAGCACAACCACCACCUCAUCAACGACUUCACCGUCAAGCAGAUGAGACAAGGGGCCUUCCUGGUGAACACAGCCCGGGGCGGCCUGGUGGACGAGAAGGCGCUGGCCCAGGCCCUGAAGGAGGGCCGGAUCCGCGGCGCGGCCCUGGACGUGCACGAGUCGGAACCCUUCAGCUUUAGCCAGGGCCCCCUGAAGGAUGCACCCAAUCUUAUCUGCACCCCCCACGCUGCGUGGUACAGCGAGCAGGCUUCCAUCGAGAUGCGAGAGGAGGCGGCACGGGAGAUCCGCAGAGCCAUCACAGGCCGGAUCCCAGACAGCCUGAAGAACUGUGUCAACAAGGACCAUCUGACGGCAGCCACCCACUGGGCCAGCAUGGACCCCGCUGUCGUGCACCCUGAGCUCAACGGGGCCGCCUAUAGCAGGUACCCUCCAGGCGUGGUGGGCGUGGCCCCCACUGGCAUCCCCGCUGCUGUGGAAGGUAUCGUCCCCAGCGCCAUGUCCCUGUCCCAUGGCCUGCCCCCUGUGGCCCACCCACCCCAUGCCCCUUCUCCUGGCCAAACUGUCAAGCCCGAGGCAGAUAGAGACCACGCCAGUGACCAGUUGUAGCCCGGGAGGAGCUCUCCAGCCUCAGCGCCUGGGCAGAGGGCCCGGAAACCCUCGGACCAGAGUGUGUGGAGGAGGUGCCUGUGUGGCGGCCCUGGCACUGCAGAGACUGGUCCGGGCUGUCAGGAGGCGGGAGGGGGCAGCGCUGGGCCUCGUGUCGCUUGUCGUCCGUCCUGUGGGCGCUCUGCCCCGUGUCCUUCGCGUUCCUCGUUAAGCAGAAGAAGUCAGUAGUUAUUCUCCCAUGAACGUUCUUGUCUGUGUACAGUUUUUAGAACAUUACAAAGGAUCUGUUUGCUUAGCUGUCAACAAAAAGAAAACCUGAAGGAGCAUUCGGAAGUCAAUUUGAGGUUUUUUUUUUUCUUUUGGUUUUUUUUUUUCUUCUUUUUUUUGUAUGUUGGAACGUGCCCCAGAAUGAGGCAGUUGGCAAACUUCUCAGGACAAUGAAUCCUUCCCGUUUUUCUUUUUAUGCCACACAGUGCAUUGUUUUUUCUACCUGCUUGUCUUAUUUUUAGAAUAAUUUAGAAAAACAAAACAAAGGCUGUUUUUCCUAAUUUGGCAUGAACCCCCCCCUUGUUCCAAAUAAAGACGGCAUCACGAAGCAGCUCCAAAAGGAAAAGCUUGGGCGGUGCCCAGCGUGCCCGCUGCCCAUCGACAUCUGUCCUGGGGAUGUGGAGGGUGGCAGCGUCCCUGUCUGCACCAGUGCCGUCCUGCUGAUGUGGUAGGCUAGCAAUAUUUUGGUUAAAAUCAUGUUUGUGACUGUAACCAUUUGUAUGAAUUAUUUUAAAGAAAUAAAAAUCCCGGAAAGAGCCA